AUGAAUAAGAAAAGUAGAAGAAAAAGUCACACGGAUAGAGUAAAAAAACGUAAAUUUUAUGGAAACCAAUAUAUAAAUAGUAAGAAAGAAAAAAAAUUAACAAGUGAAUUGACGGAGACGGAGAAUUUAAAUGACGGCAAUGCUGAUAAAGAUACCGAAGAAUUAAAAAGAUCUACGAUGGCUGGCUGUAGCAUAGAAAUGAAACCUUGGGGCAGUGUAGAAGGAAAAGAAGUUAAAUUAUUUACACUGAAAAAUAACAAUAAUCAGGAAGUUGAUGUGUUAAAUUACGGAGCUACGAUAAGAGCCGUGCGGACACUAGAUAAAAGUGGAAAUAUCGCUGAUGUUGUUCUGGGCUUUGAUGAUAUUGAUGGAUAUUUGGGAAAAGAUAACCCUUACUUUGGCGCAACUGUAGGACGCGUUGCUAAUAGAAUUGGCAAAGGUACAUUUAAAGUAGAUGGAAUUGAAUUCACAGUAUCGAAAAAUAUCGGCGAUAAUACUCUUCACGGUGGAUUCAAAGGAUGGAAUUCUAAAAUAUGGGAGUCAACUAUCAGAAAUGAUUCACUGGUUAUGACUCUCCUGAGUGGAGAUAAUGAUGAAGGCUUUCCGGGAGACGUAAUAGCUACAACAAUAUUCAAAUUCUUUGACGAUGGAUCAUUACAUAUUGAAAUGAAAGCUUGUAGCACUAAGGCUACGCCGAUUAAUUUGACCAAUCACAGUUACUUCAAUUUAGCUGGCCAUGGUACUAAUUCAGCAGAACUGUACAAACAUUCGAUAACUAUGAACGCGGAUCGUUGGACAGUAACUGACGCUGAGAGCAUUCCAACGGGUGAAAUAAGAUCCGUAGCUAACAGCAUUAUGGACUUAAGAUCGCCUACAGUUUUAGGUGAUGUUAUUGACAAAGUUCCAGGCGGAGGGUAUGAUUACAACUUCUGCCUUACUGAAGAUAAGAAGUCAAAGAGUGAUAAUAAACGUUUGGUUGCCAAAGUCAAACAUCCAGAGUCUGGAAGAACGCUUGAAGUUUACUCCGAUCAGCCGGGCGUUCAAUUGUACACCAGCAAUUUUAUUCCAGAUAGAAACGCUACUGGUAUCGCUGGCAAGGAAGGCCAGACUUACUUCAAGCAUGCGGCUUUCUGUCUUGAAACUCAAAACUAUCCGGAUGCUAUCAAUCAUGAAAACUUUCCGGACAGCAUUCUUCGACCUGGUGAUGUCUACAGUCACGUUGUUAUCUACAAAUUCAGUUAUGAGAAAUGA